AUGUCGGCGGGCAAUCGCAUCACACGGAGACAGAGGGUCGACAACUCCAACGGCAGGACUGGCAAUAGAGAUGCUGUCUCCGCCAAGUUCCGGGCAGCAGAGGAGCUUUCCAGUGAGAUUGAAGAUUCAAGAGAUAAAAAUGAGGGCCGAAGAGAAGCCAGGCCAAGCUUGGGCGGUAUCAUAAGCGCUAUAACACUUGUGAACUUCCCCGACUGGACGAAUAUAGUUCUCAUGGUUUCUCUGAUAUUCGGCGGCUGCUGUGCUAACGUGGGUUCCACUUGUGUACAUGAAGUAGUCAAACAGUAG